AUGGCCACAGCCGAAGCCGCGUUGAGACCCCAUGACCGGCAGACCACCCGCAAGCGGCCCUUUGCGGGCUGGAUGAGGCGCCUUGCGAACCUCAAGCCCUCGUCUUCAGACCACCAGAACGGCGGCGGAAAGAAGAACGGCGCUGCUGCGAAGAAGGCAUCGGCAAACAACAACCCAUACCCAGAGUCCGGCCGCAUCAAUCCGGAUGCGCCGGGCCACCUCUCCUUCUCGACGCCCGACACGCCGCGCUCCCACGAGAGCUUUACCUCUGUCGAAGAAGCCGCAGCUGCACAACAGCGCCAACAUGCCAAGAGCACGAGAUCGAAUGCGCCGACGGUCGCGACCAUGCCCGAGACAGUGCACUCGACGCGGUCAAAGGCGGAGACGGGGAACACCAACCAGAACGGCGGCAGCACCUUCUCGUCGCCCAAUGGCUCCGAGCACUCCCUCACCACCACAUUGACCACCAUACAGUCCAGCGCGCCCUCGCACAUCCUGGGUGCAGGCCAGCCGACACAGCCUGCAGCGACGACGACUGCCCCGCCCGUUCACUUCUCCCACCAGUUCCCCACCUCUCCUCCGCCUUUGGCCAUCCCCCCGCAUCUGGCCCCUCAGCAAGGUCCCCAUUCCUACCACGUUGCGACAGCGAACAACGUGCUCUCAGACGACGCGUCCAUCCUGACGCUCGCAUCGUCGUCGAAACGUCGCCGCCGAAACUCGCUCGACACGAAUGCCUCGGUCCGUGCAAUGGCACCCUCGUCGCAUUAUGGCGGCAGUCGAGAGUCGCUGCCACUCAGCGUUCUGUCCGGCAACGUGGACACUAUAUACUCGGCCUCCAAUAGGCCCACCAACGUCAAUGGUCUCUCCAAUGCCAAUGCAGAGCGAGCGAGCGUCUACUCUGUGUCUGGCGCAACAGCGCCAGUCGUCCUAAGCAGCGAGCGCAACAGCUACUACGCAAACAAGCAGGCAGACGGGCUCAGUGUACGAAGCGGGUUGCUAGGCCAUGGCCGCACGGAUAGUAUCAGCAGCAUCAGGGCAAUGCACACCGCCAGCCCCCUAGCAAGCCCUCGUGAUCCACCCCUAGCCACAAAGCUGAGUCGGCGAAGCUCUGAAUGGAUUCCGGACGCCAGAGAGGCGAGUGACGAAGAUGAAGAAGAACUACCAGCAGCACCAGCUCUGAAAGAGGAAGAAGAAGAGGACAAGGACGUGGGAAAGGCGGUUCGGUAG